UGCGGCGGCCGCCUGUCCGUGUCCAAGCCCACGGGCGACAAGGAAUGGCGCCACGUGUGCGGCAGCUGCGGCUACGUGGACUACCUGAACCCCAAGAUGGUGGUGGGCUGUGUAGUGGAACACCAGGGGAAGCUGCUGCUGUGCAGACGCGCCAUCGAGCCGUGUCGGGGUUUGUGGACCCUCCCCGCGGGGUUCAUGGAGCUCAACGAGUCCACCGUGGGGGGGGCGGUCAGGGAGACGUGGGAGGAGGCGCAUGCGGCUGUUAUCGCCCCCUACGCGCACUGGGACAUCCCGAACAUAGGACAAGCGUACAUCCUUUUCAGGGCCCAACUCGCGCCGCCGUACACCUAUUCCUCGGGACCUGAAUCUCUGGAGGUGGCGUUAUUCGCCCCGGACGACAUCCCCUUUGACCAGAUUGCCUUCAGCUCUGUAGCCGUUACGUUGCGGUUGUACUGCGAAGAUCUGCGGACGGGGGCCUUCCGCGUGCAUCAUGGUGUCAUUGACAAGAGGCCGGGUUCGUUACCCAACGACCCGGGGACGUUCCAGCUCCGAGACCAUGUG